AUGGUUGCACCUGUAAACUUCAAGAAACUUCCUCUCGUGAACCAAACUGCCAUAACUGCUUAUGAUAUUGCAAAGACGGUGGACUUUUGGAGUCGUUUUGGAAUCAAAUAUUUGUCCGUGUUAGAAACGAAUCAAGAAAAGUCAAAUAAUCUGACUAAGCUAGUUUCUGUGGUGGUUCCGAAGGAAAUUAAGAAAUGGAAAAUUGGUUUGGAAAACGACAAAGGAAUUUUAGCAAGCCUUCUUGUACUACAAUACUGGGCCCUCGCAAUUUUACUUCAUACGCCAAAAGCUACCAUAAAUAAUAAACCUGAAUAUGCAUAUACGGUUCUCAAGAGCCGUAUUAAGCACGCAGGAUUAGAUUUGGUGUCUCAUUUUGAGUAG